AUGCCUACAGCGACUCAUCCCAGCCAUGUUGACGGCUACGCUCAUUACGACCAUCUUUUUCCUUCAAACACUCACUACAUCCAUCUUUUUCCUUCCAAUCCCUAUCAGACCUUGAACCCGCCUCCUCCUCCCGCUGUGCCACAGUCAGUCGCUCACAAAGUUUGGAUUAUUGAUUGUAGGUCUUGCGGCACAUUUCUCACCAAUCGCGGAAUGAAGGCUGUUCUCCUCUUACGUCCUAAUGUACCCUUGUACUCUUCCGAUGCGUUGCCUGCGAACUGCUCAGCAUAUACCACCAAUCCAGAAGCUCUCGAGCCGCCUAUAUCCUGUCGGCCGCCCACUCAACCGUCUCGUACCUGCGAAUGUCUUACUCAAACACUUUGUUGUCAAGGUUGCGGUUCGACAAUUGGAUAUAUGAUCGUAAUUCCAUGUAUUCGCUGUACUUCCUCUAUAUCUGCAAACAAUCGCGCCACGAAUGGUCAUCGUUUCGUGUUCCACUCGAGCGAGGUCGUAGGCACCGAGCGUCAUUACGUUCCCAAUGAACCUGGAGUUAUGCCCUUUGAAACAGUUCCAGUAGCCAUUCAUCCUUUGUUGCACAUGCAUUAUCCCGCUCACAGCCGUGAGGUUUCCCCGCCGCAUACCCACAUUUCACCCAACGAGUAUCUCCCGACUCCUCCUCUUGACACCAUGGACUUAUCGCCAGUGUCUUCUUUGUCUUCCCCAGCUGCAAACAAUUCUUGGUUGGACCAUCAGAAUCUUCCUUCCGGGCUCAGAAUAUCCGAACAUCAUCUUCUUUCUUCCGCUUCUUCUUCACCGCCAUCAAACUACGACGGGUCUCCUGGUCGAGGAUCAGAUAGAACAGGACUUGAUACAUCUCCUCCGUCCCUGCUUUCGGCGAAUUCAUCCUUUUCUUUUGGUAUGCCUGCAGAACAGGCUGGACAGACACUGAAAGGUGGCGAUUCACUUUUUUGGCAUCACCUUAUCCGCUAUGGCGAGAUUCCAGGCGUCUCUAAUGAUCCUCGCGCAAGGAAGGCCAAUCCUGAGGACCUCCCACGCAAGUCGGCGAUGUUUGGUCGAUGA